AUGGCAAGCACAUUGGAGAAUAUACUUAUGAUUAUUUAUGCUGUAAUAUUCCUAGUGGGGAUUUUGGGAAAUGGAUUCAUUUUACUGGUUAAUUGUAUUGAUUGGAUCAAGAACAGGAGGUUCUCCCUGAUGGACUGUAUUCUCACCUGCUUGGCUAUUUCCAGAAUAUUUAUGCUGUGCAUAAUAAUUUUGAGUAUAGGCUUACAUGUAAUCUCUGUGACAAUAUGGUGCAAUAAUGAUCUACUGAUAAGUUUGGAAAACCUCUGGAUAGGAUCCAAUUAUUUCUGCACAGUCUGCACCACCUGCCUCAGUGUCUUCUAUUUCCUCAGAACAGCCAACUUUUCUAAUUUCCUUUUCCUCUGGAAAUGGAGAAUUCACAAAGUGCUUCUCAUUAGUGUUCUGGGGGCAGCCCUCUCCUUUGGCUUGAGCCUUCUUUUUAAGGAUAUGGUAGUAAAGAUCCUGCUCAAAAAUCAAAUAGACUCUGAGAGCAAUGUGACAUUGUACUUUUCAGAAAGAAAACAUAUAUUAACUUCACAUUUUUUCCUUGGCACAAUGUUCAUCAUCCCCUUUGUAGUGUCCCUGACCUCCUUUGUCCUUUUAAUCCUCUCCUUAUGGAGUCACCUCAGGCACAUGAAGAGCACCGUGUCCAGGGAUACUAGCACAGAGGCCCAUGUGAGAGCCAUGAAGUCUAUGAUCUCAUUCCUUCUCCUCUUCAUUCUGUACUAUGCAAGCAAUAUUUUGUUAAUGUGGGGCUAUGGCAUGCAAGACAAUUUUGUGGUAAAAAUCUUUUCAAAUGUGCUAUUAUUUUUCUAUCCAUCUGGCCAUCCAUUUCUUAUGAUUUUAUGGAACAGCAAAUUGAAACAGGCUUCUCUCCGUAUCUUGAGGAAACUGAACUGUUCCAUGAAUCCAAGAAAACCUACACUUCCGUAA